GGGUUAACUCCGCCACCCCGGCGCACUGCUCGACACACUGGUUGACAAAUGGUGCUCACCCACCACGGCUCGUUGCUCAUCACGCUUCCAAUAUGGCGGUGAAUCUCACUGACCUCUCCCUUCCUCAGUUAGAGGGAUUAAAAGGCCAACUGGACCAGGAGGUUGAGUUCUUGACGUCUUCCAUAAGCCAGCUGAAAGUUGCCCAGAACAAGUUUGUCGAAGCAAAAGACAGCUUGAAUGUCCUGAACUCAAACAAUAAAGGAAAAGAGCUGCUUGUGCCUCUCACCAGUUCUAUGUAUGUCCCCGGAACGUUAAAUGAUGUGGAAUAUGUGUUAGUGGAUGUGGGGACUGGAUAUUAUGUUGAAAAGAAUGUGGAUGACUCAAAGGCGUUCUUCAAGCGUAAAAUAGAUUUCCUCACGAAGCAAAUAGAGAAAAUUCAGCCAGCUCUUCAAGAGAAGCAUGCUAUGAAACAAGCGGUCAUUGAAGUUAUGAACAUGAAGAUCCAACAAUUACAACAAAAUCAACAGGCAUCACAGAUGGUUGGAAGUACCAAGGCCUAAUGAAAACAACUGUUGGAGCUAUUCAGGUUUAGGGACAUUUUUGAGUUUGUCUAAAACGCUCAAAUCAUGUUUCCAAUCUAGGUGAGCUGUUAAAAAAAGAUGAUGUACUUGCAACAACUUAAAUUAAACAAAUCUUCAUAAUUAAACCUAAUUAAUUCUUGAUUCAAAGCUCAUGCACAUCUUGUCCAUAUUUAUUAAUUGGUUCGGUCAGUCAACCCUAUAUAUGGUUACUUUCCUCUUAAUUUACAGUGCUGGAGACCUAUCUGAAUUAUUUGUUCAUUUUAUUCAGCAGCUGUAAAACAAGUCUGUCAAGAAAACCUCAAUAUUGUUAAAAGAAGUAAAAUUUAAACUGUGUACGUCUUCUAAA